AUGGCCCCAGUCGCAACGGGUGAGAUGGCACCAAUGCACCUACCCGUCUACAAGUCAAAGUCUUGUUCGGUCACUGCGUCAGUCUUGUAUGGUCCUCGGGAUUUGCGAUUGGAGACGAGGAGCAUUGAAGAACCGGCUGCCGGGGAGCUGCAGAUCGCCAUCAAGCGGACCGGUAUCUGUGGGUCUGAUGUCAGCUACUACAAGAAGUUCGCCAACGGCGACCUCUGCGCGUGUCAUCCUCUCUCCCUAGGCCACGAAUCUUCGGGAGAGGUUGUCUCCAUCGGGCCCCAGGUCACAGGCUUCAAGCUGGGUGACCGCGUCGCUCUCGAGGUCGGCGUCCCCUGCGGGCAGUGCACUAUCUGCCGCAAAGGCAGAUACAACCUCUGCAAGAAGAUGAAGUUCCGGUCCAGCGCAAAGAGCGUGCCCCAUUACCAGGGAACCCUCCAGGAACGGAUCAACCACCCGGCGGCGUGGUGCCACAAGAUCCCCGACCACGUCUCCUAUGAGGCGGCCGCCCUCCUCGAGCCGCUCUCCGUCGCCAUCCACGCCGUCAACAGAGCCGCCCCAGAGCCCGGCUCGACGGCCCUGGUUAUCGGCGCAGGGACCGUCGGGCUCCUGACGGCCGCCAUGGCGCGGCAAGCUGGCUGCUCCGAAGUCACAAUCACCGACGUCGACGCCGGCCGCGUCAACUACGCCGUCGAAAAGGGCUUCGCCACCCACGGCCACGUCGUCAAGACCAACUCGGGCACCUCGACGCCAGCCGACCCGGGCGUCAUGACCCCCGCGAGCAUCUUCUCCGUUCAGAGCGUCCAGAGCAAAUUUGACGGCGCAAAAUCGCUCGCCGUCGAGAUUCUGGCCCUCACAAAGGUCCCCGAAGAACUCGUCGACUCGGACGCCGAAGACGACGGCGUCGACGUCACGUUCGAGUGCACCGGAAAGGAGGUCUGCAUGCACACCAGCCUAUACGCCACGCGGCCCGGCGGGAAAGUCAUCAUGGUCGGCAUGGGCACCCCCGUGCAGACUCUGCCCCUGUCCGUCGCGCACCUGCGGGAGAUUGAUAUCCUGGGCAUCUUCCGGUACGCAAAUACCUACCCGACGGGCGUCCGUCUUCUCUGCGCCAAGGGCAACGGCGGGCUUCCGCCUUUAGAUGAUAUGGUUACGCACCGGUUCAAGGGUUUGCAGAACGCGUCAAAGGCUUUUGAGCUUGCGAGUCGGACGUUUGAUGACGAGGGAAAGCUUGUGCUCAAGGUUGUUAUUGAGGCUUGA